CUGACGUUGUUUUGACAAAAGCUGGACCCCUUCGAGCCAUGACCCGGGAGGAGGGCUGAACAUGUAGAUAGGACUCGGAUAAUGUUAAAGGCAUGAGACAGGUACGAUAAAUAGCUCAAACGUUAUGAGAUCAUCAAAAUCAGGAAAAAAACGUUUUUCUUACAUGUCCGCCAAAUCAUUGGAUACUGCCUCUUUAAGAUGUCAAUCAGACUGUUGUUUACAGUGGCGUGAGCAGGACUGAUGCAUGUGCAGAAUAUUUGUAGAGAGUCGCUGACAGGGACAGUGGAGAGUAGAUUCAACUGCACCAUGCGCUCUGGCAAGACAACCGGAGUAGAAUACACCUGAAAUAAGAGACGAGGACCUCUGUCGUUUUACACCGAAUUGCUAUAAGCCGCCACCUUGUCUGACUCGGACCCCCGCUGGACUUUACACACUCACUCCCUCUUGCGCUGGGACUACACUUCCUGAUCCCUCUCUCCAGAGCCCGGAGGAGCGAGUGGAAUCUACCCGAGAGAAGGAGAGCGAGAGAGAGAGCGCUGUUAAAGAAGACAUUUCCACACCUGAGAGGAGUCAGUAGUACCCUGCAGUGCUGAACUGAGCCGAACCGAGCCAAGCGGAUCUGAACUGAAGUCCUCAUUGCAUUUCUUAGCAUCGCGUCUCAGAUGGAACUGAAGGUGUGGGUGGACGGUGUGGUGCGUGUGGUCUGUGGCCUAUCAGAGGAGACUUCCUGCCAGGAUGUGGUCAUCGCACUGGCUCAGGCCAUUGGUCAGACGGGUCGCUACGUGCUGAUCCAGAGACUGAGAGAUUCAGAGAGGCAGCUGUUAGCCAACGAAAGGCCCCUGGAGUCCCUGGCCAAGUUGGGCCAGCACGGCAACGACGUCCAGUUCUUCCUGCGCCGCACCGGCCCCAGCAGCAGCGAUGGACCAGGGUCUGGCUCUGGCUCCACCCAGGACCGGGUCGCCCCUCUUUCCAUGCCCAAACACCCCGAACCAGAGCCCCUCAAACGCACCCAGCCCAAGAAGUCCCUCACCUUUAACCUGGGGCCCUCCACCUCCCCCAAAAGCAAAGCCAAGCAGCUCAUUAGGAAGUCUCCCUGCGACUCCCCCAAAGAGAGGUUCUCACCCAGCCCCAUUCCUCCCCACCAUGCUACCUCCCCCUCCCCACACUCCCACUCCCCCUCUCCCUCCCCCCACUCUCCCUCCCCUCUCGUGGGCCCGUCCAAAGAGGAGGUUUUCCGGCAGAUUCUUCAGCAGCAGGAGAAGCUGAGGGCCUUUGAGGCCCAGCUGGAGGCCAUGGAGAGAGACUCUCGGUCCAGGAACAGGGCCUCCCCGGCCUCCUCUCCUUCCCCUGUCCCAGAGGCUCGCCUCCAGGAGGAGAUGGAGGCUCUGGAGCAGGCAGCCAGGAGGAACCAGGCCGAGCUGGCCCACGAGACAUUCUGGGAGGAAGAGCUGCAGGCAGAGGUGGAAAGGGAGAGGGGGAUGAGGAGGAGGCUGGGGGAGCUCCAUGCCAAGAUGGACGACUGCGGCCGGCGACUCCACGACUUCUCGUCUCGCUCCGCCCAGCUGGAGCAGGCGAUCAAACGGGAGAACCUUGGGGGUGGUGCCCAUGCUGGGAGGGCCAAUCAGGCGGGGGGUGAGGAGUCGCUAGGGGCGAUGAGGGCGGAGCUACAGAGCCAGGGGAGGCACAGCGAGGAGCUGGAGGGGGAGUUAUCGGAGACGGACAGUGCUCUGGGGAAGGCUGAGUCACUGCUGCAGGAGAAGCAGGAGGAGUUGGAGGAGCUGAACAAGGAGUUGAGGCAGUGUAACUUGCAGCAGUUCAUCCAGCAGGCGGGAGUCCUGCCGACACACACACAUUCACGCACAGACCUCAGCGACCAGCUGGACCAGCUAGAACUGGCUCAUAUGCUACAGGAAAGAUACAGAAACGGAGGCCUGGGCCUGCUCCCCUCAGAGUCGCCACCCCGGCCCACAGCCAAGCAGUUCCUGGGACACCCCCGCAACCUGCAGAACCCGCUGGUGUCCAGCCUCCACCCAGAGGUCGUGACAUCCAGAGAGUCGUCAUGGAGAUAAAACCAGGAACGGCUAGGCCAAGGAGUUGUUCACUGUUUACUUAAUGUCACCAACACAUAUUCUAUUUAACCCCUGUCUGUCUUUAUACCUACAGUCUGUUAUUAUUAUUACCACAUAUACUAUAUACAUACUGUGUAUAUACUAGCACAUAAAUAUAUUUAUAGCAUUUUGCUACUGUACACUGCAAAGUACCUAUGUAUGAAAUGUAAAAUGAUUUAGGAAAACCUUUACCUGGAGAAUUAUUACUUUGUUUGUGUAUUUAAAUAUAAUAAAAUAUUGUGCACUGUGUGUUAG